GAGCCCAGGAUGUGCGAGUCCAAGUGCCACCCGAGGUGCGCGGCCAGCUGGGGGCCACCGUAGAGCUGCCAUGCCACCUGCUACCGUCUACCCACAAAGUGCUCGUCUCGCUGGUGACCUGGCAGCGCCUGGACGACCCCGAGAGCAACCAGAACGUGGCGGCCCUCCACCCCAAGUUGGGCCCCAGCUACCCCAGCUCACAGCCCGGCAGCGAACGGCUGUCAUUUGUCACCUCCGGACAGGGCACAGAGACAGAGCUGCGGGACGCCACGCUGGCCAUCCAGGGGCUGACCGUAGAGGACGAGGGAAACUACUCCUGCGAGUUUGCCACCUUCCCCAAGGGCUCCAUCCGGGGGGUGACCUGGCUGAGAGCCAUAGCCGAACCACAGAACCAUGCUGAGACCCAAGAGGUCACACUCAGCCUGGACCCUGUGCCCGUGGCCCGCUGCGUCUCCACAGGGGGCCGCCCGCCUGCCCGAAUCUCCUGGCUCUCCCCCCUGGACGGGGAGGCGAAAGAGACCCAGGUGUCAGGGCCUGUGCCUGGCACAGUCACCGUCACCAGCCGCUUCACCUUGAUACCCUUGGGUCGAGCAGAUGGUGUUAAGGUCACCUGCAAAGUGGAACACGAGAGCUUCAAGGAGCCAGUUCUGCUACCUGUGACCCUCUCCGUGCGCUACCCCCCUGAGGUGUCCAUUUCCGGCUAUGAUGACAACUGGUUCCUUGGCCGUGGUGAGGCCACCCUGACCUGCAAUGUCCGCAGCAACCCAGAGCCCACGGGCUAUGACUGGAGCACGACAUCGGGCACCUUCCCCACCUCAGCAGUAGCCCAGGGACCCCAGCUGAUCAUCCGCUCGGUGGACAGGCUGGUCAACACCACUUUCAUCUGUACGGUCACCAAUGCCGUGGGCACAGGCCACGCCGAGCAAGUUGUCUUCGUCCGAGAGACCCCCAACACAGCAGGCGCAGGGGCCACGGGUGGCAUCAUCGGGGGCAUCAUUGCUGCCAUCAUUGCUACUGCUGUGGCUGCCACGGCCAUCCUCAUCUGCCGGCAACAGCGGAAGGAACAGGGGCUGCAGGGCGCAGAGCAGGAUGACAACCUGGAGGGACCUCCCUCGUACAAGCCUCCGACUCCAAAAGCGAAGCUGGAGGAACCAGAGAUGCCCUCCCAGCUCUUCACUCUGGGGCCCUCAGAGCACAGCCCACUCAAGACCCCGUACUUUGAUGCUGGCGUCUCAUGCACUGAGCAGGAAGUGCCUCGAUACCAUGAGCUGCCCACUUUGGAAGACCGGUCCGGAUCCCUGCUCCUUGGGGCCACAAGCCUGGGAUCCCCCAUCCUGGUGCCGCCAGGGCCACCUGUCGUGGAGGGAGUGUCCCUGGAUCUAGAGGAUGAGGAGGAAGGAGAGGAAGACUAUUUGGACAAGAUCAACCCCAUCUAUGAUGCCCUUUCCUACACCAGUCCCUCUGAUUCCUACCAGGGCAAAGGCUUUGUCAUGUCCCGGGCCAUGUAUGUGUGAGCUGCCAUGCACUUGGACCUCUCACCUCUCACCUUUUGAUCCCUUAGCUUUCUGCCAGGGAUCUAAUGCCCCUGACCUCCAGCCAGACCAGUCAUUUAACACACGUGCGUCCCAUUUGUGACUUUUACCUUGGUGGCUCCACUUUGACCUCUAACCCAUGUUCUCUGACCCAGAGAAACCUGCCAUGGCAUUGGCUACUUUAUCUCCUGAGCUGGGGGGCGGGGAGGGUAUGUUUCCACACAACCCCUGACCCCAAGGACUCCUCUCUAAGACUGUGACCUUAGAGCAUACCUCUCACCUCCACCGACAUAUCGAUUCCCCCCAAAUCCCAAAGAAGACCCAGGCCGAUGAUUUGUCCUCAGGCAGUCCAUUCCCAACAGGUCUGCUGGAGUGGCAUUAGGGGCUCCCUGCUGCUCAGACCUGAGCCCUCCAGGCGGCAGGAUCCCAUUGUCCCCUCUCCACCCUGUUCCCCAAAGGUGAGAGGGAGGGGAUUCCUCAACCCAAGGCAGAGCUGUCCCAUUUCAUCCCUCCUGCAGGCAGGAGUCUCAGGGUCCAGACCCUUCCCUGAGCCCCCACCACCUCAAAUCCUGUCUACAGAGCAGGAAACCCCAGCCCAGGGCUAGAUGGGGUGAGCCUCAUGUGGAGUGUGCCUUGACGGCCCCAGCCUUGGGAGAAGGACUUGCUGUUACCUGAAGACUACUGAAUCCUUUCACCCCCUGCCCAGUGGGAUGGGGCCUAAAUAUCCUCCUGGGUGGGGUGUGGGUCACCUGGGUUGGAGGGUAGGGGAUGUGAUAUUGUUUUGUAAGUUACCACUUCCUACAAAAUAUGGAUUUAUACUUUGA